AUGUCAGAAAACACCAAUGUGCCCAGAUGGCGGCGCUUUCUAGGCGCCAGCUCUGGCGCCGGCUCUACCGAAGCUUCCCCUCAGAAUUCUUACGGGCCGUCGAAAUGGAGCAUGGGAGUUUUGAACGAUAAAAAGACCAUUGAGGUUCCAGGCUCUGUUCUUCUCCUUGCAUCCCAUCGCAACGAACCGCUUGGUUUGCGAAACGUUCAUGCGAGAAACUCCCAUUCUUCUAUUCCUACCGGCUUUGUUGUCGAUGAGCGGAGAGCGUCAGCCUCAUCAGCAGCCGCGGCAGCCGCGGCAACAUCAGUUGCGGCGGAAAGUCAUCGGCCAGCAAGUUCAAGUCGCCCGGCUAGUGCAAAUGAAGACAAGAAGAAGACAAGUGACGGUGCUAUCAUCCUGGAACCCCAGCCCGAGGACUCAGGGAAUGACCCCUUGAAUUGGCCAUCCUGGAAACGAGAUUCUGCUCUUUUGUCACUUGGCUUUUACUGCAUGAUUGGUGGUGGCACCACCCCUUUGAUUGCUGCUGGCUUCACGGAUGUUGCCGAAGAGUACAACGUCGACGUCGAGAGAGUAGCCCUAACCACUGGACUUUACAUGAUGGGCAUGGGCCUUGGUUCAGUCGUGUUCUCACCAACUGCCAUUCUUUAUGGUAAGCGCCCAGUAUACUUGGCCAGCGCCGUCAUGUUCAUUGGCACAUCGCUUUGGUCUGCAUGGUCUCCAAGCUUCAACUCUCUACUGGCCGCCAGAGUCUUUCAAGGCUUCGCCGUCGCUCCAGUCGAAUGUCUCCCGUCAGCUACAAUCGCUGAGAUCUUUUUCCUUCACGAGCGAGCAUAUCGUAUCGGCAUCUACACCCUCCUUUUGCUUGGUGGCAAGAACUUGGUCCCUCUUGUUAGCGCAGUCAUUAUUGGCAGUCUCGGAUGGCGCUGGACCUUCUGGAUCUUAGCUAUGAUCAUUGGGUUGGGUGCUGUACUGCUCUUCUUAUUCGUUCCCGAGACAUUUUGGGAUCGAACACCUCACGCAAGACCCAAACAUCCUGCGAAGAGGCCGAGCUUCCUCCGCCGACUCUCAUCUCGUCAUCAGCAGGUUCAACAACCCACAGAAGAAAAGGUACUGGAGCCUGAGCUUGGAGAACAUUCAGUUGAAGUGCCUCCCGCCCAAGAUGGACGACAAUCGCCUGUUCCAUCCCAUCACUCCCACCACCACCGAGCCAGAAACCUCCAUGUGGGCUUCGCCGGGCCUGACGCUACUGACAAAGAGACCUCAGCCUCCGGACUCGACUCUGGGUCGCCCAAGGCAUUGGCGGAUUCUUCUGAUAAAGAUUCGACCUCGCCUUCGGGUGCUGAUACCGCAACUGGAAGCGGUUCCAUCAACAACUCGUUCAAGCUGGGCCCGAGCCUCGAGAACGAAAAGUUGAACGCUUCGGACUUUGAGGGCCCACCGAAAGUCCAGGCAUACACGCAUAACCUUCGCCAACAACCCCCAAAGUCAUUCACUCAAACUCUGAAGCCUUGGCAUGGAAGACUCAACGGCGACAAUUGGUUCAAGGUUAUGGUACGCCCAUUCGUACUCUUUGCCUAUCCUGCUGUUCUGUGGUCAUCUGCCGUGUAUGCUUGCUCUGUCGGCUGGCUGAUUGUCAUCUCUGAGUCGAUUGCCAUGAUUUACCGCGACCGAGAGUCUUAUAACUUCACUGCUCUCCAGACGGGUCUGGUGUAUAUCUCGCCGUUCAUCGGCGGCAUCCUAGGAACAGGUGUUGCAGGCAAGGUCAGCGAUAUCAUUGUCAAGAUGAUGUCUCGCCGUAAUGGCGGACUUUACGAGCCCGAGUUCCGUCUUGUCAUGGCCAUCCCUAUCCUGAUUACUACAUGUAUUGGUCUUAUGGGAUUUGGGUGGUCGGCCGAGGAGAAAGACCAUUGGAUGGUCCCUACCUUCUUCUUUGGUGUUGUUUCGUUUGGAUGUUCGCUUGGCUCGACAACAGCCAUCACGUUCUGCGUCGACAGUUACCGUCAAUACGCAGGAGAGGCUUUGGUGACUCUCAAUUUCUCAAAGAAUAUCUUGCACGGCCUUGUCUUCAGUCUCUUUGUUACCCACUGGCUCCACGGAGAUGGUCCCAAGAUGGUCUAUAUCUGGAUCGGUAUAAUCCAGCUGGCCUUGAUGCUUUUCACGAUUCCUAUGUACAUUUAUGGCAAGAGGGCUCGCAUGUGGACCGUCCGGGCCAACUUGAUGGAGAAGUUCUGA